ACAAAGAGUUGGAAAUUUAUCGAGCGUGCAACUGCAACAUAAUACGAUAGUCCCCACGGUGAAAGCUGAAAUCUUAUCACUAUAUUCUGAGAGGAUCGGUGAAGGCUAGUAUGAUGAACAGAAGAGGGAUGAAGCAUGAAGCCGGUUGGGACUUUGGGGAUGCUGAUGGCUGCAACACUGCUGCAAGUGUCCGUGCAGGGUCCUCACCAGCGCUUCCUGUUAAAGAAGCUGCUGAGGGAUUACAACCCGAUGGAGCGACCGGUGGCCAACGACUCCCAGACGCUCACAGUGCACUUCUCCUUCACUCUCAUGCAGGUGAUGGACGUGGAUGAAAAAAAUCAGAUACUGACCACAAAUGCUUGGUUACAAAUGCAGUGGUAUGACCAUUACCUAAAGUGGAACCAGUCGGAUUAUCCUGGAGUGAAGAACCUGCGUUUUACUCCUGACCAGAUCUGGACUCCUGACAUUCUGCUUUACAACAGUGCUCAUGAUAAAUUUGAUGCAACUUUUAAAACAAACGUCCUGGUCAAUUCGAGUGGCUUCUGUGAGUAUCUGCCUCCAGGGAUAUUCGUCAGCACCUGUAGCGUGGACGUGCGGUGGUUCCCGUUCGACAUCCAGCGUUGUGAGCUCAAGUUCGGCUCCUGGACUUUUGAUGGCUGGCUGCUGGAUAUUCAGAUGAAGGAGGCGGAUGUGUCAGGAUACAUGCCCAAUGGAGAGUGGGACUUAAUAGGGGUCCCAGGAGAUAGAAAUGAGCAGUUUUAUGACUGCUGUGCCGAGCCUUAUCCAGAUGUUACAUUUGUGGUGACUUUAAGAAGAAGGACUUUAUUUUACGCUCUGAACCUGCUCAUCCCCUGCGUCCUUCUCUCCUCCAUGACGCUGGUGGUGUUUCUGCUUCCUGCUAAUUCUGGAGAGAAGAUUAGCCUGGGUAUCACGGUUCUCCUCUCCCUCACUGUCUUCAUGCUGAUGGUUGCAGAGAUAAUGCCGGCCACGUCUGACUCUGUACCACUCAUAGGUCAGUACUUCGCCAGCACCAUGGUGAUCGUGGGCAUGUCUGUUGUAGCUACAGUCAUUGUACUUCAGUUCCACCACCACAAUCCCAACAAUGGACCCAUGCCGCGCUUGCUGCACCUGGUCCUGCUCCAGUGGGUUCCCUGGUUCUUGCGCAUGAAGCGUCCGGGGGAGAACGCUGACCCCUCUCUGCCCCACAGCUCUGGGGAUGUGCAGAGUAAAAGUCUGGCCUCUCCAACCACCACCACCACAACCACCAUCCCCACCCCUGUGCCUUCAGUGCUGCCUCAGAGUCUCACCUCGUUACAGGCAAGUCUGGCCCAACUGAACCACCCCCUGCCUGUAGCCCACCGCCCCAGCACUCAGCCAGUCGUCCUCCCAAACCACAACAGCAACCGCGACUCCAUGCCCAACGGCCACCUCCCCUACAUGGGCUUCCAGUCUUUUCAGAAUGCCAGCGAGAUAGAACCAGUGCAGAGGAAUAGAACCACCAGCCACGGGAGGCCACACUGUGGCUUUGGACCUGGAGACAGUGAAGGAGCAGUGGGAGGAGGGGGAGGAGCUACAGGAGACACGCCCACACGUAACAAACUAAACUCUCCCCAUGAAACGCCUUUGACUGUCGACCCCGAGCCCCCCGCUGGGUCAUCUAUGGAGGCGGGUGGACUAGAGGCAGGGGGUGGAGGUGGAGGGGGGAGGGCGAGUCAGAGCACGAGUGUAGCUACCUCCCGUUCUGGGGCAGUGGACAACCAGCUGAGGGCGCUUUUGGGAGAGGUGCAGUACCUGGUGGAGAGGGUCCGGGAGCAGGACAGACAGAUGAGUCUGGUGGAGCAGUGGCAGUUUGCGGCGGCUGUGGUGGACCGGCUCUGCCUGGUUGGGUUCAGUGUUUUUAACAUUAUUUGUACGAUAGCGAUUCUCAUGGCCGCGCCCAACUUUGGAGAGGCGCUGUCCAAAGACUUCCUCUGAAAGACACUGAGAGAGUCGGGGACAA